AAGUUCUGUAAGGAAACAAUUCCCAUAAUUCAACCUGCUCUUACUUUAGUGACAGGUGACUUGACUGAUGCCAAAACAAAGGAUGGAUUUGGGUCUAAUCAGUUUGAGGUGGAGUGGCAAACUUACCAGACAAUCCUAAAAAGAUCUAAGGUCAUGGAAAAGACAAAAUGGAUAGAUAUAAAAGGAAAUCAUGAUACAUUCAACAUUCCUAGCCUGGAGAGUGUUCGUAAUUACUACAGGAAAUAUUCUGUGUGGCAGAAAGAUGGCUCCUUUCAUUACGUUCAUAGAACACCUUUUGGAAAAUAUUCUUUCACCUGCGUGGAUGCAAGUCUUGAUCCAGGUCCCAAGAGACCCUACAAUUUCUUUGGGAUAUUAAAUGCGAAUAAAAUGGCAGAGUUGUCUGCACUGAUCUCAGAAAGUCAUGAUAGUAACCAUACCAUUUUGUUUGGUCAUUUCCCUACCUCAUCAAUCAUCUCUGUAUCUCCAGGAAUACGAGCAGCCAUGCGUUUUGCCUUAGUUUAUUUGUGUGGGCAUUUCCAUACAUUGGGUGGCCUGAUGCCUGUCCUUCAUACUCGUCAUCCUGAUGGAACUUUAGAACUGGAGUUGGGAGACUGGAAGCAUAAUAGGAAGUAUCGGAUUCUUGCUUUUGAUCAUGAUCUCUUCAGUUUUGCUGACCUGAAAUUUGAAGAAUGGCCUGUAAUUCUUAUCACCAACCCUAAAUCAUACCUUUAUAGUAGCUAUGCUCACGAGCCGCUACAGAGAAUUCUUCAUUCUACCCAUAUUAGUUCUCUCCUUCUCCUAUCAAGUUUGUCAAGAUCAUGAUUGAUGACAUUUAUCUUGGAGAUGCUAUUCAGGUGUCUGGACCUCUCUAUGUCUUGAAAUGGUCCCCCCAAAAUUACAGUCAAGGAUUUCAUCAGAUAGCUGUGACUGUCGAGGAUGCCAGUGGUAGAAGUGGCACUCAGCUUCAUACAUUUGCUAUGCAGGAAAAUCUUUCUCUUAAAUUUGGUCUUUUGGCAUCUUGGCUUCUUCUUAGUGAUCAUUAUAUAUGGGUACGCAUACUCUUUGUGUUAAUAGUUAUAUUUCAAGUUGUUUUGCUGAUUAUUUUCCGGUUUCGAGAAAAACCUAAAUUUAAAGAACCUCCAGGGGUGGCAGUACGAGCCUCUUUUUCUCUUCAUGUCCUCAGCAAAACAGAUUUAUUUUUCUACUCGUUUUUGGUGCUAAAUCUAUAUACCAUUCUAGGACCCUGGUUUGUUGGUGAGCUUAUAGAGGGCCAUGUGGGCAUCUGCUUUUCCUUUGGAUUAAUUGUUAAUGGCCAUUUCUUUGAAGGCAGCUCAACCUUCCUUGUUGGAAUUUUACAGGUUGUACUAAGCUCCUUCCUGGUUUACAGAAUUUGGGCAAUGGAAUCUAUUGUGCUGAGAACCUUUAUUGUAGAUAUGAAGAACUACCAAGCUUCCUAAUGCUUCCUUUUUUUCAGGAACUUGAAGUAUACAUUCACUUAAACUGUUAAGUGGCAAAGCUGUGAACUAAUUCCGGUUUGUAUGUCUUACGUUCUGGUUGCAUAGACAAUUGAUUAUGAAGGUUCAGGAUUGCCAUGAAACCCUUUCUGUGCUGCUCUGUAAUAAAACUGUUAGAAAAAAGUGACACUAUUUGCCUCAGGAACCACUUUCUUAUUAUAUUUAUAUUAAUAGUCAAUGGUUUUGACCACAUACUGUUUUAACGCUAAACAAAAUUUAUGAAUGAACAAUUGUAAUGUUUGGUUAUUGUUUCUAUUUUGUGUGUUUAUGAGAUGAUUUACCUAAACAUGAGAUAUUUGCACUUUGCUGAACAGUAACUUACUCAGCCCUAAUAGAAGGCCUGUUGAU